AUGGAAACCCUAGAAGCAGAGCAAUCGUUGAUCGCAGAUGGUCAAUUAUUGAAGAAAGCAAAGAUUGUAAUCCCAACUGAAAUCAUGGAAGACAUCUUCUCCAGACUCCCCGUCAAAUCCAUACUUCGAUUCCGAUCCCUCUCUAAACCAUGGCGAUUGUGCCUCUCCUGUCCAUCAUUCACCAAACUUCACUCCACUCGAGCUCACCGCACCUUCUUAUUUAUUUCUACUUAUGAUCGUUCCGAUCGGAAACAACACCUGCUCUCCGCCCCCCUUGACGGUGAGCCCGUCACUCAUCUCAUGACACUCGACGACGACGUUGGUUAUGCUGAUAUAACAGAAGCUCAACAUUUGAACGGGUUAGUAUGUUCUGUUUUGGUCAAAUAUUGUUCCGAUGACGAUUGCUAUUACCCUCAAAUUUUCGUUGUUAACCCUAGCACGCAUAAGGUUUUUAAACUCCCUCAACAAGAUUCGGAGUUUUCCAUGUACCCUGUAGAAAAGGGGUGUUACUUAUUUGGGUUUGAUGAGUCUAAAAACGAACAUAAGAUUUUAAUCAUCAGGAAGUCUUACACACAUAUAAUGGAGAUUAUGAUUUACUCUAUGCUGAAUUAUUCAUGGAGAAAGAUUGAUGUAGAGCCUCCUAUUGGUUUUGAUUGGGAUAGUUUGGUAUUCGAAGUCCGCGGUGACUACAUCAAUGUUUGUGUGAAUAGUGUAGUGCAUCUAUUGCUUCUAGAUACAUGUGACAUUUUGGGGUUUGACUUGAGAACAGAGAAGUUUUUAAUAAUUAACACUCCUCAAGGUGUAAUUGAUCAUAAGGCGCAAAGCCAUUACUAUCCUGACUUCAUAAAAAUCAAUGGCUGUAUUGGAGUUGUUUGUCAUGAUGAUGAUCAUGUGCUGGAAAAAAACGGAAUGAAUAUAUGGGUAUUACAAGACUAUGAAAACCGUGUUUGGGUCAGAGAAAUAAUUAUAUUCCCCGAGUCUUUGAUCAAGUUAGGUUCCCCUUUCCCUUCAGAUUCUGUUAAUAUGGACGAGAUUAUCUUUUUUUCCUUCAGCAAGUUAUCCGGGAAUGUGAUAAAUGUACAUGUCUACAACAGGAAGAGUAGAUGUUUUAAAUCAGUACAACUCACCCCAGGUCACCAAUUUCCGUUGUCAAGAACAUUUGACUUUGGACAUAUCAGCUGUUAUGUUGAAAGAAUGGUGCCUUUGUAG